CUCUCUCUCUCUCUCUCUCUCUCUCGAUCUCUCUCUCCCGACUGUUCAUGGACGAUUGGACGUGACUAGAAUUCAAGAAGUCAAUUCUCUGUGGAAUUAUGGGUUCGACGAGAACAGGAGGAAAUGCCGUCGAUCUCUGGUCAGAGCUCGUUGCUGCUGAACAAGAACAGGAAAAUCGCCACCCUCCACUGCCGCAACAACGACGAGAACCUCAAUUUGCUAUGGUCUACACCCGCAAAAUAGCCACAGACAACACCACCACCACCACCACCCAGAGUGACGCGUCCAAGAGGCUAUCGAGUUCGAGUAACAGGAGUAGAGUGAGUUUGGCCCCGACGAAGCGAAUUAGUUGGAACCGUUCUCUUUCUACCAGAGGGAGGACAAGCAUUGCUGUUGCUGCAUGUGUGGAUUAUCAGCAUCAACAAAGGAAGCCAAAGAGAAAAACAAAACCAGCUAUUCCCAGAGGAAAACCUGCUCAGCCUCCAAACUAUGAAAAGGAACGGGCCUACUUUCAAGAGGUUGAUUCCUUCGAACUCUUAGAGGAAAGCCCCUCACCAAAGAAAUCUGGUACAUGGGCUAUGGGCAUCCAAAGUGAUGAUGUUGCCAUACCACAUAUGUCCACAGCACUAAGGAAAUGGUUAAUCUCUAAGAAGCUAAAUAGAAGUUGUGGACCUUCGGCUUCUCUGUCUAAGAUAUUACAAACUCCUGCACUACCAGGCCAGUCCAUUUGCAGAAAUGGUUCAAACUCUUCAUGUUUGAAAGCCCCAUCAAGUCUGCAUAUUGAUUCAAGUUUGCAUAUGGUCAAAAACAAAUUCAGUUCAAGCUUCACUAUUAAAGAAUUCGAGACUCUGGGUGAUGAGGGGUUCGAAGACAUUGACAAAGCAGUUCGCAAACUCUCUCUAACGUUGGAGCAUGGUUCAUUAGAGGGUCAUCAUUGGGAUCCCUUUGUGGCUCUUUUAGCAGUUUGCGGACAGUUAUCUCCAUCAAUGCUGUCGGAUGUAUUCUCAAAGUUUUGCGAUCCUGAAACUAUCGUCAAGGUUGGUGAAGGAACAUAUGGAGAAGCUUUUGAGGCCGGCAAAGCUGUUUGCAAAAUUGUUCCAAUUGAUGGAGAUUUACGAGUGAACGGAGAAGUACAAAAGAGAUCAGAUGAAUUACUUGAGGAGGCUAUACUUUCCCGGACUCUUAAUCAUUUAAGAGCACAUGACAGUCAAGUUACCAAUUCCUGUACAACAUUCAUACAAACCUUAGGGCUAAGUGUAUGCCAAGGCCCUUAUGAUGUUGCAUUGAUAAGAGCUUGGGAAGAGUGGGAUGGGAAACAUGGUUCAGAAAAUGAUCAUCCUAAAGAGUUUCCAGAGAAGCAGUGCUAUUUUGUUUUUGUUCAAGAACAUGGUGGUCAGGAUCUUGAAAGUUUUGUGCUUUUGAACUUCAAUGAAGCACGGAGUUUAUUGGUUCAGGUUACAGUUGCCUUAGCGGUGGCAGAAGCUGCUUAUGAAUUUGAACAUCGGGAUCUGCACUGGGGGAACAUCCUUCUAAGUCGGAAGGAUUCUGCAACAUUGCUUUUCACUAUGGAGGGAAAGCCAAUAUUUAUCAGGACAUUUGGAUUGGUGGUGUCAAUAAUUGAUUUCACUCUUUCAAGAAUCAACACUGGUGAUGAUAUUCUUUUUCUGGACCUAUCAUUAGACCCAGAACUCUUUGAGGGUCCCAAAGGAGAUAAACAAUCAGAGACAUAUCGGAAAAUGAGAGAUGUAACUGAAGACUGCUGGGAAGGAAGUUUCCCCAAGACAAACGUGUUGUGGUUGCAGUAUUUGGUUGACAUUUUACUCUUGAAGAAAUCAUAUGAUCGAACUACAAAAGACGAGAGGGAUAUGCGUUCACUGAAAAAGCGUCUGAACAGCUGUAAUUCAGCAAGAGAAGCAACCUCUGAUCCUUUCUUCAGGGACUUGUUUGUUGAUCAUGCCAUGUAGCUAAAACUGGAUGAUACAGAAGAACAGUUGGUGUUGUGAUUCAUACUAGUUCUUUCCUUCAACAUCUGAAGUAGGCUCCUCCAUUUUUGUUGGCUUCCAUGUUCUGCAACCAACUUGGUUUCCAUUUUGUGUGAUAUUUACUGAAUUGGAGCUGAUAAUUUAAUGGAGAAUUCUGUC